AUGAGGAUUUGGUGUUUUCAUUGCUUCACCGACGACGAGGAAGAAGAAGAAAACGGCGGUAGACUGAAACAAUCGUCAGUUUCGGCGAUGGAUAACAACAACGAUAGGGAUUAUUUGGAGACUGUGGACUCACGUUGGAGACUGUGUGAGGAGAUGCUAACGACGGAGGGAGACGGUGGUGGUGAAGAAGCAGAGGCUGAGUUGGAUCGGUUAUGGACCUCUGAGAUUCGGUUACAUCGUUUGGUUCAAGGAGAGAGUAGCAAUGCAGUGACUGUGGCUGCAGCUGAGGAUAGUACAAUGGAAGAAGCUGAUCACGAUUCGCAUCACAAGCGUGCUAAAGUGUACUCUGGGCUUACUGAGUGCCGGUUAGCUUCAGGGGUAUCUUUAGAUGCUGGAAAUUCUGGAUCUUCGUCGGUGGAGAGAACUGUUAGUUUUGGUUUUGCCUCUUCUUCUCGGACGGAUACUGAUAUGUUCUGUCAGAAUUACAUCUUGAAUUAUAGUCGGAAAGAUGGGAAAAAAGAUGAUGGAGAUAGUAAUGGUUCUUCAGACACUGAAGAUUUCGAAGUUCAUAUUGAUUUGACUGAUGAUCUCUUACAUAUGGUAUUUUCGUUCUUGAAUCAUGUCGACCUCUGUUGCUCUGCUAUGGUAUGUCGGCAGUGGAGAGUAGCUAGUGCUCACGAGGAUUUCUGGAGGGUCUUGAACUUUGAAAAUAUAAGGAUUUCUAUCGAACAAUUUGAAAACAUGUGUCUUCGCUAUCCAAAUGCCACUGAAGUGAAUGUUUAUGGCGCUCCUGCUGUUAACGCUCUGGCUAUGAAAGCAGCUACCACUUUGAGGAAUCUUGAGGUCUUAACUAUAGGAAAAGGUCAUAUCAGUGAAAACUUUUUCCAGGCAUUGGGCGAAUGUAAUAUGUUAAGGAGUGUGACUGUAAGUGAUGCUACUCUGGGAAAUGGUGCUCAGGAAAUCCACCUGAGUCAUGAUCGGCUACGUGAACUUAAAAUUACAAAAUGCCGUGUUAUGCGUUUGUCUAUCAGGUGUCCACAGCUCAGGUCUUUGUCAUUAAAAAGAAGCAACAUGUCCCAGGCGAUGCUUAACUGUCCACUCCUUCAACUUCUUGAUAUAGCCUCGUGCCAUAAGCUCUUGGAUGCUGCUAUCCGUUCAGCAGCCACUUCAUGUCCUCAAUUAGAGUCGCUAGACGUUUCUAACUGCUCCUGUGUCAGUGAUGAAACUUUGCGUGAAAUAGCCCAAGCUUGUGCUAAUCUCCAUAUUCUUAAUGCUUCAUACUGCCCCAAUAUAUCUCUUGAGUCAGUACAUCUUCCCAUGUUGACAGUUCUCAAGCUUCAUAGCUGUGAGGGUAUAACAUCUGCGUCGAUGACUUGGAUUGCUAAUAGUCCUGCACUAGAGGUUUUGGAGCUUGAUAAUUGCAAUCUGUUGACAACUGUAUCUUUGCAUCUCUCGCGCUUGCAGAGUAUAAGCCUAGUCCAUUGCCGCAAAUUCACAGAUCUGAACUUGCAAAGCACCAUGCUUUCAUCAAUCACUGUUUCAAACUGUCCAGCACUGCGCCGUAUCACAAUCACUUCCAACUCUCUUCGACGAUUAGCUCUCCAGAAACAGGAGAAUUUGACAACAUUAGUUCUGCAAUGUCACUCCUUGCAAGAAGUGGAUCUCUCUGAUUGUGAAUCAUUGUCUAACACUGUUUGUGAAAUAUUUAGUGAUGAUGGUGGAUGCCCAAUGCUGAAGUCGUUAAUUCUUGACAAUUGUGAGAGCUUAACAGCAGUGCGGUUCUGCAAUUCAUCAUUAGCAAGUCUUUCCCUCGUUGGCUGUCGCGCUGUUACUUUUCUGGAGUUGAAGUGCCCUCGCAUAGAGCAGAUUUGUUUGGAUGGAUGUGAUCAUCUUGAAACUGCAUUCUUCCAGCCUGUGGCGCUCCGGUCUCUAAAUUUAGGAAUUUGCCCGAAACUGAGUGUGCUCAAUAUCGAAGCACCUUAUAUGGUGUCUCUUGAAUUGAAAGGUUGCGGUGUACUGUCUGAAGCAUCUAUUAUUUGUCCUCUCUUGACAUCUUUAGAUGCAUCUUUCUGCGGCCAACUGAGGGAUGACUGUCUGUCUGCAACCACUGCUUCUUGCCCACUAAUUGAGUCACUGGUGCUAAUGUCAUGCCCUUCUAUCGGCUCUGAUGGCUUGUCUUCCUUGAACGGGAUCCCAAAUUUGACUGUUCUUGAUUUAUCGUACACUUUCUUGAUGAAUCUGGAGCCCGUCUUCAAGUCCUGUUUUCAACUGAAGGUACUCAAAUUACAAGCCUGCAAAUAUCUCACUGACUCAUCACUGGAGCCUCUAUACAAAGAAGGUGCUUUACCAGCACUUGAGGAGUUGGACCUGUCUUAUGGAACUCUCUGUCAGACUGCGAUAGAUGAUCUACUUGCGUGCUGCACACACUUGACCCAUUUGAGCUUGAAUGGCUGUGUUAACAUGCAUGACCUUGAUUGGGGAUCAACCAAUGUACAGCUAUAUGAUUACUUUGGUGUCUACAGUUCUAGUGAGAAUACUCAAGAACCAGUUGAAACAGCCAACCGGUUACUGCAAAGCCUCAACUGUGUGGGUUGCCCCAAUAUCAGAAAAGUGUCUAUACCACCUGCAGCGCGCUUUUACCAUUUAUCAUCACUGAACCUUUCGCUAUCGGUCAAUUUAAAGGAGGUUGAUCUCGCCUGUUCCAACCUGGUCUUACUUAAUCUAAGCAACUGUUGCUCUCUGGAAGUACUGAAGCUUAGCUGUCCAAGAUUGGCUAGUCUCUUUCUUCAGUCUUGCAACAUGGAUGAAGCAGGAGUUGAGGCAGCUAUAUCAGGAUGCAGUUCACUAGAGACACUGGAUCUCCGUUUCUGUCCAAAGAUCUCCUCAGUGAGCAUGGUGAAGUUCCGAACAGUGUGCCCUAGUUUGAAACGCGUGUUCAGCAGCCCGAAUCUUGUGCAAGAUUAG